AGACCCGCGAAAAGUAGGCAGUGUGUUUACGUCAGUUUACUUUCAUCAUUUGAUUGGUGUCUUUAAAGCAAGAUUGAUAAGAUUUACUUGUGCGUUUUAUUUCUGCAUUGUAACAAUUAAUUUAUCAUUGUUUCCAACUGACACUCAUUAAAUGCCGUAUUACAAUACGGGUAUUACUCCUACAAAAGGUUGAAAAAUUUUAUUAAACGACAAUUUUAUACUAUAAAUGAUGGAUAACAUGAAAGAGAAAAUUAAAGUAUGGAUAGAAAUGAUAGAAUCAGAGAAGUUGGAAAAAGUAUUAGAAGAUAUUCAGAUGAAUAUUCGUGUCCAACCGGAUGCCCAAUUGAACAAGUACAUUUUCAAGUUGCUGCUGUAUUUGUCUCAUACAGCAGACAAAUGCAAUAAACAAAACCAAAUAACUGGGAAAAAAAUUGCUAAAUUAGCUAAACUGCUUUGCUCAUUGUUGAUUGAAGUACCUGAUGAUAAAACCUAUGUCAUAAGUUUGUACCAUAUUAUCAGCUGUUUAAUUUCCUUAAACUUAUACGAAGAUGCAGCAGAUAUUUGCUGUUAUUUACAGCCUGGAGAUUUAUACAGUCCUAAAAAUGAUACUAUGGGACUUCUAGCAAAAAUAGCAUCCUUAUGGCGCAUUCCAAUAAACAAUAUUUAUUCUCUCGCUACUGACUCAUUAAGCACAGAGAGUUAUAAUGACUUAAAAAGUAUCAUAAGAUAUGAAAUGAAGAUGAUACAAAUUGCAUAUAAAAAUUACACACAGCACUUAAUUGUGAGGAUAAGUACACAUAUAGAUAAAAUGGCAACAAUUGACAAAGGAAAGGAUGUGUAUUUUGAUGAUUUUUACAAAUAUAUGUUGAGACAUCUAACAGAAGCACGGCUGUGUUUAAAUAAGGAUGAAAAAUAUAUAAUAUACUGCUAUGUACUACGUAUAAUAUGUCACAUAAUAUGUAAGAAUAUAAAUAUAUCUCGUAUAAAGUAUGCUGUAAAAAUAUUAAAUAAGUUAUGUAGUUAUUUUAAAAAUCUCCUGAUGGAAGAUGAGGAAUGUUAUCAGUGUUUUCAACAGUUUCAAAGCUUGUGCGUGAUACUUUUAAUGCCAACAGAAAAUUUUACAAAUGACAGUGCCAAAAGUAUACGAGACUUUAUUAUUUAUGACAAGAAAAUGGCACAAAAAUAUGGAUAUACAGAGAGCCUUAAGUUGAAUGCACUUAGAGUUGCAGAAAUGAUUGAACCCAUGUUUAUAUACUGGGAAACUUGCAUAAAAAUUGACAAACAAAAAUUUCUUGAUACUGGUAUCAUGUUGGAGACAAUAAAAUUAAUUAUACAUAUGAGUGUAUUUUUUAUGAAGGAUGUAUCAGAUAAGUGUAAGGUGUGUGUGGAUGAAAGAUGUACAGUUAAAGGAGAUUUGUAUAAUACAAUAAUAUUGAAAUGCAGAUGUAUACAUUUUUUAAGUAAAUUUCCUACAAAAACUUUGCCAGAAAAGCUGUGUGUUCUUGCUGGAAAAAUUUUGGAACAGAAUGUAGCAUUGAUUUCUGAAAUGAAAGAAUACAGAUGCAAACGUUGGUCACAAUUAUGGACUACGUGUGGUGGUUUAAUUUAUAAUAUGGCUAUAGUAUCUGAACAUGUUUACGAGGAAAGUGUGCAUUUGUUCUCCUUAUUGUGUACUUGCAUUUUCCGAUUUCAAGGAGUCGAAUCAAAGUUAAACUAUCUGAGCUUCGAAAAUCCUAUUUUUACCGUAUUGCACAGACUAUGCGCCACACAUUACACUAAUAAAAUGUACAGAGAAGCUAUGGCUGCAUCUGCAUUGAAUGCCUUGUUAACUUAUGAUACACAAUUUACAAAAGCUUUUGAUAUGUGGAUAAAUAUAAAGAAGAAAUGUGCUUCAGAAAAGAUUGCAAAACUAACUAUGCUGGAAUGCUUGAGAGACGACAAGGACAGAAUCAGUGAAAUGGGAUUCACAAUUGACUUCUCCAAGUAUGAUCUCAUUCAGUUGUGUAUGCACGAAGCACGAAGUUUACUGGAGGCGAAAAUCGCAUUUGCAGAUGGUGUGUCAGUGGUUUUGCAGGAAUUCAAGAAAUUAAAACCAACCAAUAGUCAAUAUGUACGCAUGAUACUAUUGUUAGGACACUACUUAUUAGAUUCUGAGCAUAACAGUGCGGUCUUGGAAUAUCAUGAGCAAGCUAUAUCGCGUUUGAAAGAAGACGAAUCAAUUUCCGUAGCUAUCCUAUGUCUGGAAGUUAAUUUAGCAUUUUUUACAUUCAUGGAGGAGUUGCAUACAAUGAAUAAGCAAACUCUUAUGGAAAUGGAGAAUACAAAAUUUGCAUUGUAUGCUCCCAAGUUGCCAGAAGUUCGUGAGACUAAAUCUCCAACUAUAGUACCAGCUUACACUAUGUUAAAUAUCAAAAAGGAUUCCAGUCUUAUGCUAAGUUUGCAAAAAUGUUUGAAGAAAUGGAAUAAGCUGCUAAAGUGCGAGAUGCUUAAUGAAAUUAUUAAAAAUUGGGAACCAAAUCUCAUACUACGUGUGUUAGUCACAUUUGGUGAAUAUUGCCGACUCUAUCGUCAUGAAAAGUGUGAAGAAGAGGCAUGGGAAUUAGCACAUAAAUUAGCAUCAAAAAUUGACGAUUAUUGUACAAUUAUUUAUGUUACAGGUCGUAGUAUUUCAUUAAGGCAAAUCAAUUAUGAUUGGAUUACCACUGCUAAGGAAUAUGCUAUGAAGCACAAAAACUCUAAAGAUGGAAAUAUAAUUAGAGCCAUUGCUAUUUUUUGGAUAAGCUUAGCGGAUUUUUAUUUUCAAUGUGGCAAGUGUGACGACGCUAAGAAAUUGCUUAACGACGCCAGAAAUCUUACAGGAAUUUCAUUUCUUACUAAUACAUCUGUAUAUCUGUUCAGUUUAGAUACCAUUAUAUGUAAUUGCAAUUUAUAUAGAGAUAAUACAAAACACGAGGAUUAUAGUUCAUAUAUUGUAGAAAGUUUAUACACAAUGGUUAAUUUGUCUCAUGAUUUGUCGAUGAAAACAUGUAGAAACCAAGUGGAAAAUCUCUUCAGUUACGACGUCCUUUUCACUGCAACAGUCAAUUUGUCCAUGAGAGUAAACCACUUGUUAUCAUUCCGCGAAAUUAGCGCGCAUUUGGUACGACGUGUGAAGUCGGCGCAGAGCUUGGGCGCUGUGAUGCGUACCGCUGAACUGCUGAAGUCGUUAUGCUACAUCGACUUGUCGCGCAUAAAACUGGACGAUUGCGAGGUGAAAUUACAAGGCCUCGAGCAUAUGUUGGACUUCGAAACGUUUCAAUUGUCAAUGAAACCUCAACCAAAUUUUGAUGCGUCCACUCAUAUCACGGUGUCACCUACAAGAAUGGUGGAUCCCGUGAGAGAUGUGCCUCAGCGCGACGCUUCGCCGGUACUUAGAAAGAAAGUUUUUGACCUGCCAAAAUUCGUGUUGCAUAAAAGCUGUAGUUGCUACAAGUGCGAGAAUAUGUCGUAUCAAUACUUAGUGUUCACAGUCACCUACAUCAGAGCACAGUUGUACGCCUUGCAGUGUGACAACACGAUGGCGCUUGAUCACUUUUACGGCGCUUUCAAGAUACGACAGAAACUGUUUGGAGAAGAGGAGACUGUCUUGCCAGGAAGCCGAAGUUGCGAUGAAAUCGGUGUGAAGCGAUUUUCCUGGCAAGCACGAUCAUAUAUCACCGAUUAUGUACAACUGCUGAUUGAUUUCUCUUAUUUUCUGGAAGCCAAUGUAACGUCGAGGCAUCAAAAUGCGCCCGACAUUGCUAAUUUGGCGAUAAAUAUAUGUCGAAAAUAUAAGUUGGAGAAACACCCAGUCUACAUCUUGGCUGAAGAAGUAGUACUCAAUAGCGCUUUUCAAACUGUGUUGGCGGCCCCAAAUUAUUCGGAUUUUAUGGUCCCUCAAGCAUGUGAUAUCGAUGUAAGCAAGUAUGCGAAAGCUUUGUCGAAUUCGAAUGCUUGUAUCACGCCGUCUAUGCACAAACAUUACGUCAAAAAACCAGCUUCAGUCCGACGUAAGAAGAAUCGAGUGGCUUUGAACUUGGAUAAGCUUAUGUAUUUAAGCGACGACGAAGAAGAUGAUGCAUCAUUAUUAACAGUCGCACAUUCAACCAAAAAACCUAAAUUAGUUAAACAGAAAUUAGUAAAAAGAAAAAUUUUCGAAGAAGAUCUAUCGGAUGAUGCUAGUUCCAUUACUUGGAGAGAAUCUGUGCCGAUAGAUACGAAGUCAACAAAAGAUAAAACUCAAAAUAACAGUAACACACAGAUUGACAAGAGAUCGAUGAAAGAUAAAAUGGUAUUUUCAGUUCCAGACAUAAAACUAAAUUCGACGAAUUUAAUGGAUAAAGAAGUACCUGCCACAAUGGGACAUUUAGAGAAAUCAAUAGAGAAAAUGGAGAAGCUGAAAAUUAAUUCGGGUGCAACGCGAAGAACCAGAAAAGUUAAAGCAACGAAUCAACUACUAACGGUUGCGGAUUAUAAUAAAAAUGUAAAUCGAACUACAGCAUUACUAAAGGAUUUGGUAAUUAGUGAAGAGACAGAUGUAAAUAUUGAUUCAAAAGUGGAAACAUUGAAUGGAUUACCAGUACAAAAUGAGAAGACUUCAGAGAAGAAUGACGGAAGAUCAUUGACUACACUUACUGUUGAAACACUGAAACAAAGUACAGACAAUGCAAGUACAUUAUCAGUAAGUAAAACUACACAAUGUAGACCUAAUAAAUUACUUACAAAUAACGAAGUCAUUGGUGUAAGGACAAGAUCCAGUCUCAGAAAAGCCAAGGAGAAGUCAUCAUGAAGACAAUAAUGUAGAAUAUGAUGUAUUCCUCAAAACGUAUAAUAAAAAACAUUUUUGUAUUUUUGAAGGAUAUAAUAACACAACUAUUUUUAAUAAAAAUAUAAAUAUUAUAUGAUCAAGAA